GCAUAAAAUUUUAUUAUAAACCAACGAGAAACAUUUAUAUUUAAUAACAUUACAAUUGAAAAGUGUAAAAAUGCGAUUUAUUCUAAAACAAGCUGGCUGUGGUAGUGAACGUAUAGGCUGUUUAACAGAAUUCGUGAAACUACCAGCCGCAUCAAUCGAUACGCCUACAUCAGCUCUUUUUACACAGGGAGCCAGUGUGGUACAUCUGACUGCAGAUGUUUUAACUCGAGUAUUUUCAAAUCCGCAAUGUUUAUGGAUGCCAUUAUCCAACAGCAUCCACCUAGAACCUGGCGUUAAAGCCCAAGGCGAAGGUGUUGGAAAGUUUGCAGGCCUAGCAAAUCAUGUUACUUGUGUUACAUUCUACAAUAUUAAUGAUGUCACCCCACCAGGGCACUUUGAGUAUGAUAAGGCACCCCUGUGGACUAAGAAUGGAAAAAAAUUGAUCACUGCUGAUCGAUAUAUGGAUAUAAUGGAAACAUUCAAACCAGAUUUCAUUAUUGCCAUUGCUGAUGGUCGCACAACAUUUAACGAUGGCUUGAAAAGAAUAAACAAGGCUGUAAACAGAUGCCGCAAUAUGCUAGAUGUGUGCGUAGAACGAUAUAAAACUUCAGAUGAAUUUCAAAAUAGUUUCCUUAUUGGGGUAAUAGUAGGUUCUAGUCAAGAUGAGACUUACGAUGAAUGCAUCAACCAUGUCCUAAAGUACAAGGAUAAUUUAAGUGGAGUUCUACUUGCUGGAAUUACUGAUGGCACUGAACAGUCACUCAUAGUACCCAUAAAGCAGCUGGAAGAAAUUUUCAAGAAAGUUAAUGAUGCACUUCCUAAAGACUUGCUAAGAAUUGUAGAGGGUAGUUGGAACCCUGCAGUAGUCGUAUCAGCAAUUGAACAUGGCUGGGAUAUGUUUGAUGGAUCGUAUCCCCUUAAACUGACGAAUGACGGUCAUGCGUUAGCUCUUAUCUUGGACGUGAAUCGAAAUAGUGACGAAGUAUGUGUACUUGCCCUUAGCCAUGAUCGAUAUAGUGAAGACUUCAGACCAAUUUUAGAAGGCUGCGAAUGCGUAACCUGUAAGAAACAUACACGAGCGUAUAUUCGACAUCUUUUGAACACUAGAGAAAUGUUGGCCCACGUCCUACUUAGUAUUCACAACCUCCAUCAUUUCGACCAAAUGUUCGUUGAAGCUCGCCGACAUAUAUCUGCUAACACGUUCCAAGCUUACAAAUGGCAUGUAACCCAACAAUACGAAACGUACAGUGCAACUUUAACAACUUUUGAUAACUGGGAUGAUGGCAUUCAAGACGAUUCAGAAAUAGAAGAUUUGCAAACGAAAAAGAGAAUGAAAGUAAGUGAGGAUUAGUAAGUUAAUAGUAAUGUUGCCAAAGGUACUGUAGUGUAGAUAUACUUUUAGUGUAACGAAAUUAUGUAACUUAAAUGUUAAAACAGCGAUAAUGACUU